AUGAAAAAGUUCGGGAUUGAGCAGAAAUAUUUAGCAUCAUUACCCGCAGCGCAGCGCAGCUCAGCGCAGCAUUGUAGUUAUGUUACAGUGGCAAUUGCAAAACACAUAACCUGCCUCUUCGUAAUUGCUUUGUGUCUUAGCAAUGCUUGCGCUGACGAUGAUAGUUCGAAAGAAACGAAUGAAGUCAUACCGCGUGAGGCCAUACAAAAAUUGGACUACUCGGUGAGACAAGCUUUACUACGUGCCAUAGAUAAACUAGAAAAAGAAGCAGCAACAGAAGAAAUCCUAGAAGAAUCCACUACCACAAUACCAACCCUGGUGACCAGCAUUGCCAGCACUAUUUCAACCAACACUACACAAGCCAAUGAAGAAGUACUAGAGGAAAGCACAAAUGCCUCUGAUGUGGUACCAACUGUACAAUUCUACACUGCAGUUUUAGACGAGAAAAAUGCGCCAGAACAAUUAUUAUCCUCUUUCAUAGAUAGUUCAAAAAUUUUUAAACAAACUAAUAAAAAAGGCAUACAAAAUUUAGGUUCACCAACAGUUGUUGCUGAUCUAGAAGCCACAGCUGAAGAUAGUCGGCAAGCAGCACGCAGCGUUGGCACUGCUUUGCGUUCAAAUGAAAUAUCGAGCGAUAAAAAUGCUGAAGUUAAAUUUGAAAUACGUAAAACUAAAAAUAAUUCAAUAACCUCAAGUACCACUACUACAACUACAACAACACUACCACGUACGACAAGGCGACGUCCUACUACUACGACUACGACAACGACAACUACCACCACACCACGUCCAACACACAAUGAAGACGGUGAAAAUAUUGAAUUGGUAGAUAAGAACGAUAUACGCAUACAGGAAGCGCCACUUGUCACGGCCUUUACUGUAGACUUAGACGAACGUGGCUCAGCUAAAAAAGUUAUCCCAAUCGUACAUCCUAUUCCCACACCAACAGCAGAGACCACAUUACGCAGUGCUGAUAUAUUUUCAGUUCACACUGGUCCAACAAUAUCUAAAUUUAAUGUUUUACCCGGGGGCCCACAAAGUGCUGCGUUAAGUUCAGCCCACAAUUUGUUGUCAGCUCCAUUGCCCACACAAUCUACCCAAGUGACGACUGCAGCUAAUAUUUUACUCAACGCAAUUCCAACAUCAAGUUUUGAAGCUAAUCCAUCAGCACAAACAGCAGUACAAAAUCCAAAUGAACCAUCGAAUUUUAACAAUCUACUCAUUGAGAAGCAACGCCAAUUGGAAUUGCAGAUAUACCAGCUUAAACUGCAAGCACAACAGCAGCAGGAACUCAUCUAUCGCCAGUUGAAAUUAUUAGAAGAACAAUCAAAGUUCGGUGGAGCACCACGUCAAGCAGUCACCAUCAACUCACAGCCAAGCAAUAUACAAAGUCAACAAUUACCAAUUCCUUCAAUACAAACACUGCCACUGCAACAAGAGCAGCCCACACAACAACCAUCCUUCACCAUAAGUCCAUCUGUGGAGUUUUUAGCAAGUUCACAAACCAAAACAAUACCAUUGCAUCAAACUUAUCCACUUGAGCAACAAUUGCCACUGCAUGAUGUUGCCAAUAAAUUCAGUAAUGUAUUACCAAGAGGAAACAGCAACAACAACAACAACAACAACAACAAUCUCAACAAUAAUAACAAUCUAACGCCCAAUACUUUCCUUACACAACAACAACUACCGAUAAACGAUCCAAUACAACAUGUUUUUCAAAAUUUACAAAAAACACUUUUUAAUCAAAAUCAACCAAAUUCACCAAAAAUUCAACCAUCAAAUCAGUUUAGCUUUCAACCAUUGGAACUAAAUGCCUUCCAAGUGCCACCUCAACAUAGUUUCCAAAUAUUUCAACCAUCACAAGUUCUACCAAAUUAUGUUACCAAUGCUAUACAAAAAACUCAGCAGCAGCAACAACAACAACAACAGUCACAACAACAACAACAACAACAAGACAAUCGUUCACGUUUCUUCCGUCAAGAAGAAGGCACGGGUAAUUUUGGUCUAAACCAAGUACAAAUACAAAAAAGUAAUUCAUUUGCUGCAGUAUUGCCAACAGCGUUGCACAACCAACAGCAACAAUUGUUGCAACAAAAUAUAGCAAAUCAAAAUUUCUAUAGGCAACAUUUGGAGCCACACUUAAGCAAUCAAUUGCAACAAAACGCACAACAAUUCUAUCAGCAACAACAACAGCAGCAGCAGCAGCAGAAAUCCCCCACAGGUAAUAAUUUUAGUUUAAACAAAUUCCGUCAUAGUCCAUUAAGUAAUAGAAAUAAUUUUGAAGAAUUUAGAAUAAUAAGUAAAAUUCUAGCACUUAACCAUGGCAUUAAAAACUUUUCAGCACAAAAUCUACAUUUCAAUGGCGGAUUCUGA